GAAAACUUUUGGGUCUUGUUCUCUUCCGAAUUCUGAUACAGAAACGAACCUAAUGCCGCCUCGCCGGCGUUACCCCUUCAGUGGUCCCGGAGAUAUAAUUGCACGACUUAUUGAAUUUGAGGAAGAAUAUGGAGGCUAUGUAGAAGAAGAAUUUGGGUAUGUCCACCAUGGAGAAGAAGAAGACGAAGAAGAGGAAGACGAAGAGGAAGAUGAAGAGGAGGAAGAAGAUAGCGAACGCCAAACCAGGGAAUACAUCGAUAUUGUAGAGUCACCUAUUAGGGUUUCACAGAACGAGAGUGAAGGGAUAGAGAAUCAGAAAAGGUCUCAAGGUGUUUGUUCAUCGUCUUCAGGAUCGCAGGAGGAUGUCGAAUGGAAACAAGGCGACACUGAGGGAUUGUCUUGUUCGAUCUGUAUGGAAGUUUGGACCAGCGGUGGCCAACACCAAGUCUGUUGUCUUCCCUGUGGACACUUGUAUGGAUUUUCCUGCAUCAACAAGUGGUUACAGAUGCGACGAAGUGCAGGGAAGUGUCCCCAAUGCAACAAGACAUGUAGCAUGAGAGAUGUCCGGAAAAUCUAUGCUUCACGGGUUGCUGCAGUAGAUGAUGAAGCACACAAGAGAAUCUUAUUUCUGGAGGCCAAGUUAAGUUCAAUUGAACAGAAGACUGCGAGUUGGAGUAACAAAGAAGCUCAAUGGAAAAAAAUUGAAGCAGAGCUACAAUUAGAAGUUAAUAAGCUGAAGAAGAAAUUAGCUAAUAUGGAAAGUACGACUAAGGGUGCGCAGAGCCAGUCUAAUGCGGCUUGUCAGGAGAAAUAUAUAUCUGGUCAUAAUAUCUACCAAGAGCAUCAUGGACAGUCACCUUAUUGCAGCUUCAGACAUCAGGGAGAACUGCUAAUUAACGGUGGCCGUAUAUUUGACAUAGAUGGUGGUAGACAAAUAUUAUUAUUGGCCCGUAGGCUCCCAGGCGUUGGUGGAACGUUUGUGCUUACGCAAAUGAGCCUACAUUCGCCGGGUGAGAUUGAUGAUAUUUUGUUGCCUCCUACCACUAGAGCAAUUAAAGAUCUUCACCUUUCCCCUCACAGUAACGGGCUUGCGGUAUUUGGUUCUCUAGGGAAAAAGUUAUCAGUUAUAAGCUUGGAGAGCCACAACACUGUCUUAUCUUAUGAUCUACCGGCUGCACCUUGGUCUUGCUCGUGGGAUCUCAACAGCUCUCACCAUAUUUAUGCUGGACUACAAAAUGGAAUGGUUUUGGUAUUUGACAUGCGUCAAACCACGGGACCUUUUGCAUCGAUGACGGGCUUAACAACCAAUCCAGUUCAUACUAUCCAUCAUCUCUCUGGCAAUUCCACUCCAACUUCUGAUGUUCGUACCCUCUUAUCUGCUUCUUCCAUCGGGCUGUGUCAGUGGAACAUUAGUGGCAGCGAGGGAAGCCCAUCAUUAGUUUCGGAAACGGGAAACCCAGGAAUUUGCAUAUCCUCCUCGUACUGUCCCCGCAGCGAUCAUAUAGUGGCUUCUUAUAGACCGAGAGUUGGAUCAUCUGAUGAUACAGUCCCGACUCAGCCCUCAUUGACUCAAACAGGAGCCAAUAAUAGUAAUAGUAAUGGUGUAGAUGGAUUUCAUGUUUGUCAUAAGAGAAGAGGUGUUGAUUCGUAUUACCAGAAACUUUCCUCCACACAAGCUAUUGUUGAUCCCAUCCGUUUGCCGAGAACAGCGAUUAUAGACUUUGGUGGAGAAGGGAAAGAACUUUUUGCAUCUUGUGACGAGUCCACUCACUCUCUCAUCUUUCAAGAUCCUUUGACUUUUACCAUCACUCAACUGCUCCCAUGGUCAAGUCAUCUUCCGCUGCAAGAUCUGAAAUAUGGUGAUGUCAAUGGUUCGGGUCUGCUCGAGUUUUUCCUGUCUCGGUGCAAGCUUCAAGAUUCUCAGGACUGUGAUCUGUCUUUGAUUCUACAAGUGCUCUUUCUCAGUACAAUGGAAGCUAAUAAUGAGCCUGGUAAUGUGUCAAGUAAUGCGAGCAAUGAUAAAGAGAAGUCGUCUGAGACGAUCUUUGUGAACCAUGCCGAGAUUGCGUGGCAAGAGAUGCGAAAGAAGUGGGUUGGAGAUCCGUCUAAUAGGACUUCAGAGAUGCCUGCUGAACCUGUGAUAGGCUUCAACGCUACUUAUGAAGACUUGCUCACAUCCAACAAUCCUUUUCCCAAGCCCAUCCCUCUAGCUGAAAUGGUGGAUUUUCUGUUCGAUAUUUGGCAUGGGGAUGGUCUUUUCGACUAGGUAACGGAGAGGGGAUUCUCAGUAUUCUUGGUACAGAAUUUAGUUGCAGGCUGGCUCUAAUCCAUUUAGGUUUAAAGGAUCUCAAAUUCCAUUAUCUUUAGAAGAAACUCUGUUUUUUUCCAUUGACUUACCAUGAACAUAUAACUAAUUAAUUAGGUAUUUUUGA